GACGUCGCGUCGGAGCGCGAUUGCUGAGUCACAUAUCGCGAACGAUCUCUCCCGGCAAGGUGCACGACGUUCAUUCGGUCGGUUUCUCCGCGUAUAACGUGUAUACGAUCGCAUCACGCGUUCGCGCAAAAGUGUCUCGUACGGCAAAAAUGUUUCUUCGUCCCCGCGCGAGAUCGUCAAUUGUGACAUGAAGAGCGAAUCUCGUGGCGCAUAAUUCGCGGGCUACUCGCCUGCUCGUGCAUCCGUUUCGCGAUUAUUUUUUGUGUGUUUGUCGAUGUAUGUACGCAUGUACAUACAUACAUAUAUAUAAGGUCAUAUAUAAGUGUCAUUAUAAGAACCUGUCAAAUUCUUUGUUCCCCCCGCUCAUGUCAAAUCGCAGCUGAUCCGCGUGUGUGGUGUGUCACACUUGUCUGCUGCGACGCAUCUCGCGCCGCUCGCGCCGCCAGCGCGACUCGAUAGUGCCCGUGUGUACCGUCGACGAUAAGGAGGUGCUGAGCCACUUAUCAAAGGAAUAUUCGCGAGGCAUGCGUGUGCGACGCGCGCGACUGCACCGCAGUUUGUGAUGUGACUCGUGCGUUUUGAGGUUAUUUCGGUCUCGUGUAACUGACCUAAGAUACCGCUUGCUCGGGAAAAGCGCGAACCUUUUAUUUUCACUCCGGCGCUACGAGCGUGGAGUCGACUUUUCGACGACUCUUUCCUCCGGGUUUCUAAAAAUUGGAAACGACUGAUGAGCAGACGGUACUGACUAGUGCGUUCUAACCUUAAAAACUGAAACUCAAGAAUCGUCGAAAUGUAUUCCGUCGCGUGAACGGUGCAUCGUUGUCGUUCUACGAGAAGAUUCUUUGUUUUCGUGGGGAUAACUUUGCAUUACUUGCGUGCAGUGUCAAUGAAUAUCUUACGGAAUCACGUCACCUAUUCAUGAUGUCAAACCUAUUAUUUGUACUUAACAAGGACAACAAACCACUGUGACAAUACUUCAAGAUAUAUAGAACUUUGUUUUUGUCUGUGCUGAUUUAAUUGGAGGAAGCUAGCAAGAUGUUGUGCAUGAAGAAACUGUAUCGGGAGGAGCUGCUUCAAUUAGCAUUGCUGCUCUCCUUGCUACGCGUAGAUCCAGAGUCUUAUUUGGGUCUAGACAUACAAACUCUCAAUGUAGGAUCUUUGGAUCUCAAUAAUGGAUCAGGAUGGCACACGGAUCACACAAUUGUCCAUCGUCUAAUGUUUGUCCACCCAAAGAAUCCAGAUUCCAUGCUUCUAAAUUACCAGAGAGAUAUGUUCGAAGAGCUCAAUUCAUUAGGAAGAUAUAAUAGAAUGAAUUCUGGUCUCAACGCUAUACAUGCUUAUCUAUUAAAUAUCGAUGAAUCAAAUAGAGAUGCACCAUUGGCGGGUCCCAGUUUACCUGUUUCAACAAAUACAACAAGAAACAUGACAUCUCCUGAUCCGCCAACCUCUACGCAAAGUCCUGCAGAACCAAUUGGCGCAACAGAACUUACUCAAGAGGAUAUGGACCUAAUUGAGGUUCUUUGGAAGCAGGAUGUGGACUUGGGAUUUACGCUUGUGGAACCUGCCACGACGCCUGCCAAAAAAUCAUCUACAUCAGAAAAACAAUCAGCGGACGAAAUCGAAAAGCUGAAAGCUUUGGAAGCAAUUAACGCCACGAAUCAAAAGGAUGAUGGCAAAGAGCCUGAACCGCAAGAAGAUGAUCCUUGGGCAGGACUUCCUUACACUGUGGAUCUUGAAACCGGUGAAUAUAUUCUCAGCUCCGGCAGUCAGAACGGAAGUGGAAGUAGCAUUAUCGAAGAGGACGGUCCGCUUCUCAACGAAGCAUCGUUGGCUUUAGACAAUCAUCCCUUGGCUGACUUAACCGAUGAUUCUCUGGGUCUAAACGACACUCUAGGACUUGAGCAUGACUUUACAUCAGAAUUACUCGGAAGUAGUCUCUUGGAAAAUACUGGCGUAGAGGGCCUGCUCAGCAACGAUACUCUAGGCUUGCCCGACGAAUUUAAUCUCGAGGAGGCGCUUCAGCUCGUUGGCCUCGAUGAGGCUCAACCAGAGGAAACAAAGCCAGAAGUGAAAAAGAAGAAGAAGAAAGAGGAUACUGCCGCAGACUCCGCAAGUGCAGAGGACGACGCGUCCAUCACCACCUCGAGUAACGGCGAGGUCGCGAAGUCAUCCAGGUGCGAGGAUCCCGAGACCGGCGACAUGAUUCACACACCGCAGUUUCAUCAUCCCCAUCAUCCACACCACCGUUCCUUCCAGGGUCGCAUGCCAUUUAUGCGAGCGAUGAGCAUGGAACAGCGGUGGCAAGAUCUCGCAUCUCUGUUAUCCCUACCGGGAGCACCGGAUCAUUUCGCACAUCCAGCACAUUCUGGAUAUCCAGGACACGGUAUAAGUCACAGUCAUUACGAGGCGCAACGUAAUGUAUUGCUCCAUAAUCCUACCUUAGCACCUCCGGUUGGGGAUCUAAAUUCGACCGGACCUUAUCACAAUGUGGGUGGGUCGUCGAAUCUGGGAUCAGCUGUGGCAACAUCAAUGAAUUUAACGAAUAGUAGCGAACCAAUGGGUGCAGAAAGUGGCGCGACUUAUAAAUCUGAACCCAGCGAUAUGAUGUACUAUCAUACACCGACAACAGAUUCUAUCAACCAAACCACUGACGGAUUUCUUUCAUCUUUACUCAACGAUGAGGAUUUGCACUUGAUGGAUAUGGCUAUGAAUGAUGGCAUGUACACCAUGCGCAUGUUGGACAACGGUAGCAACAAUGCAUCCGGACCCACCGGUGCAGCGGCUUUACCGAAUGUGCAAACGGCUGGGGGCACGACUUCGACGGCUACGGGUGUCACGACUCUACCUGGUGUAGCCGACGAGAGGAUGGACGCUUCGAGUGACAGCGCUGUUAGUAGUAUGGGUAGCGAACGCGUACCAUCUCUCUCGGAUGGCGAGUGGAUGGAAACUGGAUCAAAUUCCAGCCAUACUCAGGCUGAUUCUCAUUACACCAUGGAUUACGCGAGCAAAUAUCGCAUGCCAUACGACUGUAGUUAUUCGGUGUCCGGGAGAAAUGCCGGCUCUCCGAGAUGUCAAACAGAACGGACUGUACCGCCGGUUGCACAAAAGAAACAUCAAAUGUUCGCCAAGCGAUAUUUCCAGGAACAAGGCACUUGCUCACCUUUAGGAGCUACUGCACAUCCGACUACUCCAAUGAAAUAUGAAUAUGAUACACAUACAGUUGGUGCAGGAGCGCCAGGAAACACAUAUUCUGGACCAAUCGAGGGUGCAGCCGGGCCACAACCUGAAAUUAAAUAUAGUUGUAGUGUGGAUUUCAGUCGUCAUCAAUCUGGACGAUCUGCAAUAGAACAUGUUCAUCAUAAUCACACCUAUCAUUUGCCUGCUGAGAGUUCAGGAUCUCUUCAACGUCCAAUUUCCCGCGAUAAGAAAGCCCGCAAAAAUGACAAUGAUGAGCAUUUAACAAGAGAUGAAAAGAGAGCAAGAGCAUUGAAUGUGCCGAUUUCAGUCAAUGAUAUCAUCAACCUUCCCAUGGACGAGUUUAAUGAACGUCUCAGUAAAUAUGAUCUCAGUGAGGCCCAACUAUCCUUAAUACGCGACAUUAGAAGACGAGGCAAAAAUAAGGUUGCCGCACAGAAUUGUCGCAAACGAAAAUUGGAUCAAAUUAUAAGCUUAGCUGACGAAGUAAAAGAAAUGCGAGAUCGUAAGUUAAGGCUUGUUCGCGAGCGUGAGUUUAUGCUCAUUGAGAGACAGCGAGUGAAAGACAAAUUUAGUCAACUUUAUCGUCAUGUUUUUCAGUCUUUACGAGAUCCAGAUGGUAAUCAAUACCAUCCAUACGAAUACAGUCUUCAACAGUCUGCAGAUGGAAACGUUCUGUUAGUUCCCAGAAAUCAGACGAAUCCGCACCAAUCACGGCAGUCUUCAAUGGAACCGAAGACCAAACCCGAUCCUGAGCACAAGGAAUGAAACUCUUAAAGGAUUGUAUAUCAAUGUGAUUGGUUAUUAAAGAACUCCUGUUCUCCUUGAACAGAGCACGUGCGUCCAAAGCGUAAUGAAGACGAAUACGGUGUCGGGGAAGGAAGAUCGUACACGUUAUUAUAAUUACUGCGCAUAAUUCUCGUCAAACAAAAUUUAUGAUUUUACAUAUGGUGCGCACUCCAAAUAAAUAACGAAAUUUAUCAAAGCUACCAGAUUACGAAUCGCGACUAUGCGAUUAUUGACAAAUUAAUAUAUUUAAAGAAAUAUAAGAGGAAAGAUAGGAUUUAAUCCUAGAUUUAAUCAUCCUAGCGAUGGUUUUUGUGUGCAAAAGUGAUACUACAGUUUUCAGUUACUUUGACCACCCAUAUUAAUACAUUUUCAUGUCCAAAGAUCACUUCGUACAUUUUUUUUUCACUCAUUUUCACAAUCAAAGAUUUGUCUGUUGUGACUGUCUUAAAUGAGGAAAAUAAUGAAUAAUGAAAUAAAAUUGAAAACUU